CUCCAAAUCAGCCAUGACGACUUUGAUAACACGCUCAAUCUUCAUGUGAUACAAGCCAGGAACUUACGACCUCGUGACCUCAAUGGGCUCUCUGAUCCUUUUGUCAAGUUAUAUCUCUUGCCGGGCAGAGGGUGAGUGCUAUAAAUAGAGUUAACCUUGUUCUUUAGUGAGUGCUAUGUGCUAUAAAUAGAUUGUGUUAACCUUGUUCUUUGGUGAGCGCUAUAUGAUAUAAAUAAGUAUAACUAACUGGCAAGAGACAAAGUGGAUAACUGUUGUCUGUAUAACAAUAAUUUGACAGGUUAUACAAGUAUGAUAAUGAUUCAAUAAACACGUGGGAUAACUCUGUAUUGUACUGGUUCUUCCAACCUAUGACCAACACAUUUAACUGGCAAUAAAAAUCUUUUUACACAGACCAGAAAAUAAGCGGCGCACAAAGCACAUUGCGAGAACCUUGAAUCCUGAGUGGCAUCAAACUGUCAUGUUUCAAGAUGUGGCCAGGCUGGAAUUGCAGAAUAAAGUUCUAGAAAUUACUGUCUGGGAUUAUGACCGAUUUAAAGCCAAUGAUUUUCUGGGAGAGCUAAUAAUAGAACUUAGAGGUGAGUUUUACUUAAUGCUGAGAGCUAAUAAUAGAACUUAGAGGUGAGUUUUACUUAAUGCUGGCAAUUUCUAAAUCCAUGUUUUAUAUUAGACUAUUGGGGAGAAUUUUUUUUUUUUUGUGUAAAACCUUGGCAAAAGAAUUUUGUUUUCUUUCAUGACUGUCUACUACCUCUUAACUAUUUGUAUUUACUUCUUUCCAUUAAAUGUCUUUGCUGAAAAUAUAUAGUACAUUAAGUUCUGUCAUUAAGUCCAUGAUAUUAAUAGAUCACAACUGAACUAAAACUGAAAGUGAAAUUUUUUAAAAUUUUAUUUAAAAUAUUAAGAGUUACGGUACUUAAAUAAUUAUCUUUCCUACAGAAUUUGCCUUUCUUGAUAACAAACCACACUGGUACCCACUGAAGGAACAU